AUAGUUCUUUCUUCUUAGUCGUGCUAUAAGGUCUUUGGUUCGCUGGUUUGUGACUUUUAAUCAGCUGGAAUCUUGUAGUUUUGUGGAAAUUUGUGUUAAAUUCUCCAGACUGUAGAACUCAAGCCAUGGACCAGGAUCCAACUGUGUGGAUAAAAAAAGAGGAAACAGAUGAAGAAGACCCCAUGUGUGUUGAAGAUCUAUUGGAACUAUCUUGGUCCACUGAUAUUGUCAAGGAGGAUCCUGAAGUAAAUGUUGAAGUGAAUGUAACUGACAAUAUUGUGGCAACCUCAACAAGAUAUGCGUGUGAUAGUGCAAGAUUCAGUCAGAGUACUGGUGGGAGCUGUGGCAUUUCAUUUGAAGAAACUCAUCACCAUGGACUGCUCAAGGAUGAGCUGGAGGUACGUAGGGAGAAAUCAACACAUGAGUGCGGUAUUAAUGCAGAAGAAUUUACUGUGAAUGAGGAUAGCUCAUUUGGCAGCAGAUAUGAGUCUGGUGUGAGGGAAAAGGAAUUUCAUGUAUAUAGUUGUAAUUUCUGCCUACAAAGCUUUCAUUCAAAAUACAGACUCAUAAUGCAUGUGUUUAUGCAUAUUGAUGGUGUGCAACCACCUUUGUAUGUUUGCAAAUGGUGUGGUGAGGUAUUUCACAGUAAUGUAAGCUUGAAAAAGCAUUUGAGAACGAGUGAGAAUUAUGAAGUCUUAACUGUUGGCAACCAUGAAAAUUAUGGAUGUAGUGAUGAGUAUCAAAACAGUAUCUGUUUGUAUAGUGAGCCAGAAGUUUCUGUAACAGAACACAAUGAAGAGAAUUCAUAUAAGGAAACUUGGAAAACUUCAAACAAGUCCUGUAAUGACAUAUGUAACACACGUAUGGCAAAUGAUGCAGAGAUAACAAGUGAUUAUGGAACGUUACCGGCAAGUGUUAAUGUCAGCGCCCACAAUGCUGAACGUACCACAAACAGAACCCACAAAUGUGAAAUGUGUGGCAAAUCUUUUACUAGCGCACAUUAUCUCAAGGCACACACAUUAUUUCACACUGGAAAGAAAUCUCACAAAUGUGAUAUUUGUGGCAAGUCGUUUGUUUUGUUGGGUACUCUGAAGAGACACUCAUUAAUCCACACUGGAGAGAAACCGUACCAAUGUGCGAUUUGUGGGAAAUCCUUUGGUGUGUUGGAUACUCUCAAGACCCAUUCCUUAAUACACACCGGAAACAAACCUCACAAAUGCGAUAUUUGUGGCAAAUCCUUUGUUGCGUUGGGUGCUCUCAAGAGGCACGCAUUAGUUCACACAAGAACGAAACCUCACAAGUGCGAUAUUUGUGGGAAAUCCUUUACUUUGCUCUGUACUCUCAAGUCACAUGCACUAAUUCACACUGGAAACAAACCACACAAAUGUGAGAUUUGUGGCAAAUAUUUUGCUACUUUAGCGUAUUUCAACCGUCACAAAUUAAUACACGCUGCAGACAGGCCCCACAAAUGUGAUAUUUGUGGCAAAUCUUUUCCUGUGUGGAGCGCUCUCAAGAAACACACAUUAGUUCACAAUGGAGAGAAACCUCACAAAUGUGAAAUCUGCGGCAAAUCCUUUGCUCUGUUGGCUAAUUUAAAGAGCCAUGCAGUGGUUCACACUGGAGAGAAACCACACAAAUGCGAUGUCUGUGAAAAAUCCUUUUCUUUGUUGUGUGCUCUCAAGAGGCAUUCAUUAAUUCACACUGGAAGUAAACCUCACAAAUGCAAUAUUUGUGGCAAGUCCUUUGCUGUGUUGUGGGCUUUUAAGACACACACAUUAAUUCACAGUGGAGAGAAACCACACAAAUGUGAGAUAUGUGGCAAAUCUUUUGCUACUUCAGGUUAUUUCAACCGACACAAAUUAAUACACACUGGAAAUAGGCCCUACAAAUGUGAUAUUUGUGAUAAAUCUUUUGUCAUGUUUUGCGACCUCAAGAAACAUUCAAAGAAACAUUUAUUAAAACAGUCGUUAAUUCACACAGAAAAAAAAACUUACAAAUGCGAUAUGUGUGGCAAAUCUUUUGCUAGACCUUGUAAUCUCAACCAACAUUCAAUAAUACACACGAGAAAGAGGCCCAACAAGUGAGGUACUUGUGGCAAAUCUCUUGCUAUGUCAGACAUUCUCAAGAGAUGAGCAUUCAUUCACACCAGGAAUAAGCGUUACAAAUGUUAUGUUUGAGGCAAAUCAUUUGCUAGAUCACGUGUUUGCAAGACACAGCAUUCGUACGCACUCGAAGGAGACCCCACAAAUAUAUCUGUGACUGAAGUUUCACUGAAUUGGGUACUCUCAAGACAUGUGUAUUACUUCACAUCAUAAAAAGCUACAAGAAAGUGUUAGUUCAAACAAAUUGGUUUCCCUGUCUGGUGUCCUCAACGCCUAUAAAAUAGGAGAUGUAGCAGGAAGACAAUACAAGUGUGAUGACCGUUCAAUAACAUUAAAAUGUGUUAGAGUUGUGAAAAAAGUGCAGCAAUGUGUAUUACUGAGUGGUAACAGAAAGUGUGACAAUAUAAAACUCCAAUCUCCAGCCUGAAAAGUGAAGAAACUUUGGUGUUAAUAUUUAAUCAACUUUGUUGUUAACUCAAUUUUUCUCAUCAAACUUGAGACAAGAAGCUUGUGAAUUGUGAUAAAUUGUCCACCUGUGUCAGUAAUUGUACCAUGUAGUAUUCAGUGUAAGGCCAAGGAGAUUUGACGAUUUGCUGUUUAUUAUUAGAAAGAUAGUCAUCAUGUGAUACUUGACGCUCUGUAUUAGAGGUACAGUGACAGCAAAAAUAUGUUCAUGGGACAUACUUCACUCGAGCUAGGAAACUCCCUGCCAGAGAACCAUGAUUAUGGCAGUUAUUUUACUUAGGUAUGCUGUGUAACUAAUAGUGUGUACAUCAAUGUUCUGUUAGUAGUACUACUCCAUUAAUAAAUAUGUUAUAGCAACAUACAUAUGCUGAUACACCAAAAUCUAAUGAUCACCUGGUUAAUAGUUGGUUUGUCAACCUUUGGAACACAAUACAUUCACAGUUUCCCAUGAUAUGGACUUGACAACUCGUUCACACGUUUUUGGAAGUGUUGCAUCAGACAGUUAUACAUAGGUUACUCAGUUUCUGUAAAUUUUCGCCUUGUAGUUUUUUGGGUGCAGACCUUUCACCUGAUAUCACAGAUGUAUUUCACAGGUUGAGAUGAUGUAAAUAGCAUGGUUGAGACAUCAAUUUUAGUUGCCAUGCACCACAGACCACUGUGGAGCGAUACUGGUCAUGUAACUUGGACAGUUAUUCUGCUGGAAGAUGCCUACACUUCAGGCUAGCACAUUUGGCAUAAAAAAUAUAUGCAGUCACAGUAAAGGUCACGUAGUCUGCAGCUGUCGUGAUACAUUUGAUUACUACCAGAUAUCCUAAAGGAUCCCAGGUGAACGCAUAAUGUUGCCUCCAUCUGCUGCCAUCCUGGCAGUUUUCACAUUGACCUACUGCUGAGCCUUGAUGAUCUGUUGCCCACUACAGUUGCAACUGAAAAUUUUGUUGGAUCAGUAUGGAAUUUGUUGUGUAGAUCUAUAUUCAGCAGUGUGCGCUGAAUUGUGUGUUGCAACAUUCCUAUGGCUGCACCACCAUUGUUUUCCAUCAUUGUGUGUGCCACAAAUUGCUACCUAUCCAACUUCACAGAGCAGGCAAGCCCCUGACCUCCAUGAUUUGUGAAGGUGUGUGGAUGUAUUUUACCUUUUCAUCAUGUUAUAGAUUUAUCACCCUUCAGCCACUUUACACAGAUGUUCAUAACAGUAGCAUACAACCACCCAACAACCUUCACCUCUUUCACGUGGUUAGUUCCCAGUUGUCAUGCCAGAACAACUUGCCCUUUGCUAAAGUCACUUAUGUCAUUGGGUUUACAUGUUCACAACCCAUCUCUUUGGUAGAAUAAAUCCUUGUUUAUUUCCGAUUUGCUGAUUUACUUACUGCAUCACAUCCCUACAACAAGUGACAUUCAGUCUGCUGGUGGACAGUGUACACGACUUUUUGCUCAUCAGUGCAUCAACAUGUCAGAAGCAAAAAUGUGUGAUCUAACAAAUUCAUUGUGCUUGGUUGCCAUUUAUACCAGUGUGAAAUAGGUAUAUUUUUUUGUGAAAUUUUUUUGUUUCAUAAAACACUGUACAUGAUUCAGAGGUAAUAUAGAUAAGUGUUAUGCACCAAAGCUCUCAAUUAUUUAUUCAGCAUUUAAUACUGUGUAAGCACUACACAGGAUGAAAUAGGUAAACAUUAGGUGUUAUAGAUUGAUUACCAUUAUUUAUAUACAUGAGAACAACACUUGGAGCUCAGAAUGUGAUAACUCAAUACAUGAAUUUAACCCAAAUCAUUAAAUUUUUAUUGUACUGAAUAAAUAAAUCAAGUGAGCAUUCUUUUUGAUUGUGUCUUGUGUUAUAUUUCAAAGAUGUUUCCAUUGUGGAUAUUGUUCUUAAUUUCUGUAAAUAAACAUGAUAUGUUUGGAGUUCUGA